ACAAAACCCGAGAAUGGCUGCCGAAGGGAACGCGGAAACCUACAAGUUGCUGACGGAGGAGAACAUCAGCGCGGCCCUGGAGAGCGACCAAGGGCCAGAGGCGGAGCUCCUGUCGUGGGAGAUUCAGGACUUCACCAAAAAGGGCGACAACUACGCGUGUUUCGUGACGAGCGUGCAGGUGCGGUUCAGGCUGGGGGGGAAGGAGAGGGCCACCUCCUACGUGGCCAAGUUGAACCCCCGCCGGGCCAACGAGGGUCUGAACGAAAUGGUGAGCCAGAUCUUCUACCGCGAAGGCACCGUUUUCACCGAGGUCAUCCCGGCGAUGAACCAGAUCCUGUCCAGGAUUGGCUGUCCUCCCAUCGCCGUCGCCAAGUGCUUCUUCUGUUCGUUGGAGAAGGCCAAGGAGGUCCUGAUCCUGGAGGAUCUGCGGCCACGAGGCUUCAAGAUGUGGGAUCGGCGCCGCGGCAUAGACGCGGCACACGCCCGCCUCGUCCUGCAGGAGAUCGGCCGAUUUCACGCCGCCUCGCUCCUGCUGGAGUCUGAGCUGCCCGGCAAGGACAUCCUGCGCACCUACAACCUCGCCGACCACUUCAUGUCGUCAGAUACGGCCAAGAAGACGUUAGGCGGGAUGGUGUCCUGCCAGCUGGAGGGGACGGCGCAUAUUCUGGAAAAGACUCCAAAAUAUGAGCGCGUCUGCCAGUGGCUUCAUAAGACCAAGGAUGAGUCCAUGGACAUGUUCAUAGAAAUGCUUGAUCCAGCAAAUUACAAGCCGCCUUUCUUUGUUCUCAACCACGGGGAUUGUUGGAACAACAACCUGUUGUUCAGGUAUGAUGAAUCCGACUCUCCUGUGCAGGUCAUGUUGGUUGACCUGCAGGUGGUGAGGAAGGUCUCGCCUGUACUUGACCUCAACUACUUCCUUUACUCGAGCUUCAACGGGCCGGUGCGCAAGCAGAACCUGGAGGAGUUCUUGAAGGUCUACCAUGACGCCUUCUGUCACGUCAUGUCCACCGGGGGCUUUGAGCAGCCCUUCAACGUCGACCAGCUCCGCGAUGAGUUCAGGGACAAGAUGCUGUUCGGGUGCUUAUCUGGCAUGAUGCUCAUUCCUAUUGUGCUGAGCGAGGACGAGGACGUGGUUGACUUCGAUGUCAAGUCGGACGAAGACAUGGAGAAGUUUAUGAAGGAUCGUCAGAAGGUCCUGUUAGACAUGAGCCAGAGAGAAGAUGGCCUGCUCAAGCCCAGGUUAUUCGACAUGCUGGAUGAAAUGAUCGAGUUUGGCAUCAUUUCCUAGCAGUGAGAGUACAUAAACAGACUAACAAACUCAAACACAUUGAACGUUCCUAUUUUUGAGUCCUUACAACACGUAGUUUUAUUAAAACUUAUUCGCAUUGGUAUUGUUAAUUCUUUGCUCAAUGUAAGCAUUCUGUCCCUUGUGUUUUUCCAUUGUAUUAUUCGAAAAACCACUCGGGAUUGAAAUUAAUUAAGAAUUUCUUUUUCUGAUCCGUGGAUUUUUUUUUCCGGAUGACCAUCAUCAUUCUACCGAAAUGUUGAAUAAGAGAAAUAUAUAAUUUUCAUAUACUUUAUUAAACUUUCCUAUAUAAGAACAUUAAAGCUGAUGGAUUAUUC